AUGGCUUCGUGCGGCGGCCGGUUCGAGCAGUUCAUCGAAGAUGCGGAGGAAGACUUCGAGUCGUACGUCGAGCGGAUGGAACACUAUCUUCGAGCAACGAAGGUGAGCGACGACUUGAAAGUCUCGGUCUUCGUAAGGGCCAUCGGGAAGCAAGCGUACCGCACGUUGAAGACGCUGUUAACACCAGUAAAGCCAGAACAAAAGGACUAUGCGCAUCUGGUCGCGGUCCUCAGGGAGCAUUACGCUCCGAAGCCGAUGGUAAUCGCCGAGCGAUUCAGAUUCAACCGGAGGGCCCAGCUCGAGAAGGAAACGGUGGCGACAUACACGGUUGAGUUAAAAAGGCUCGCGGCCACCUGCGAGUUCGGGCAGUUCCUGGAUGAAGCACUCCGGGACCGUUUUGUCGCGGGGCUAAAGGACCAGGCAGCCCAAGCAGAGCUUCUAAAAAAGAAAACUCUAACUUUUUCGGCGGCAUGCGACAUUGCCAGAAGCAUUGAACUCACACGAGCAGAGACCAAGAUAUUUCAGCCAGCAGCCUCUGAACAACUAGAGGUAAACGCCGUCCAACGUCUAGGCCCACACAGGAACGUCGGAGCGGCUACCAGGAAGGCGACGAUGGAAGUCAACACUGAGAGGCCCGAGGCGUCAGGCUGUUUCCGCUGCGGAGCACCCCAUCACGAGUCAAGUUGCCCGUUUCGGAAGUACAAGUGCCGAGCGUGUAGACGAGUGGGGCACUUGGCAAGGGCCUGCAAAGCAACGUCCCGUUUGGUGCAAGCCGUGGACGACAGCAGUGGUGAGGAAAAAGUUUGGCUGUACAACAUUGGCUCCUGCAGUGCUAGAAAAGGGGGUUACACUACUGAAGUUCGAGUGGCGGGAACACUGGUGACAAUGCAAGUUGAUACAGGAGGCUCGGUUUCCAUUGUGCCUGAAGAGGUGUAUAAGCAGUACUGGCCUGGAUUGUCUCUCUCAAACUGCCGCCUAAAGUUGAAAACUUAUGGGGGCGUGCCUUUGGAGGUUUUAGGCAAGUUGAUAGUACCUGUGGAGCACAAUGGGCAGACCAUGACGUUGUCGCUUGUAGUGGUUCGCACACCGCAGAAAUGUGAGACUGUGUUAAUGGGCCGCGAUUGGCUAGAAGCGUUGAGGCUAGACUGGAUGAGCGUGUAUGGGAGAGUCAGUAGAACAAGAGUUGCAUGCGCUCGUGAAAACGGGAGUCCUGGUCCCGGUUCAGCAGAGUGA